GGGUCUAGAGUUUAGAUGACAGAACUUGCGGUUUCCGCUCUACGUUUACGCGACACGGCGGUCGAUGCCAGAAGAAUUCGUAUUUUGUCAUCCUUGUUAUCGAUGCACCGGGAGCAGUUCUGUCAAACAAUAAGUGCGGAAUUGUCGAAUUGUCGCGGCAGUGAAUCGAUCCCACCGCGUCGUUCGACAUGGGAGACGGCAAGGAGGGCGAACGGCAGCCACUGCUGAAGAAUGAGAACGUCACGUAUAGCUCACACGGCAGCGAUGCGAUCGACGAGACACAGUCCAACGUCAACACCGUCUCGCCGAUUGGGCCGGACGAAUUACCGCCACCGUAUCAAUCCGCGACUCAGGGUGGCAUGCCGAUGGUCACUUGCAGAGUCUGUCAGGCGAUGAUAGAUAUUUCCGGCAAGAGGGAUCAGCACGUCGUCAAGUGUUGUCAAUGUAACGAGGCCACACCUAUACGGAACGCUCCACCUGGAAAGAAAUAUGUACGAUGUCCGUGUAAUUGUCUGCUAAUAUGCAAGAGCUCUUCGCAACGUAUUGCCUGUCCAAGGCCGAAUUGUAAACGUAUUAUUAAUCUGGCUCCGAGCCCUAUUACACCACCAGUUCUGUCCAUGCCAGGCAUGUGCAGGGUAGGCUGUGCCCAUUGCCAUGAUACAUUCUUGUUUAACACAUUAAAUAAUGCUUUGGCACGUUGUCCACAUUGUCGUAAGAUAUCUUCGGUCGGUCCAGAUUUUGCUAGAGGACGAGGGAUUGUAUUCAUUAUUGUUGGAAUUAUAGCCUUAGUAAUUGCUAUAGCUGUAACGGUUGGGACCUACAAAUACGUAAAGACAAGCGGUGGAAUUUAUGUCGCUUAUGUCGGUAGGUCGAUAGUUCAUUCUUAGCACUCUAUCGUUAUUGAAAAUUCUCGUCUAUCUAAUUUUGGAUAUAUUUUUAGCUGCAGUUUUAGCCGCAUUGUUGUGUUUGGUACGCGGCAUUUAUUUUUGUACAAUCAAGAUCAGUUUGAUAGAAGAGCCCCUAGUCUUAAAAAACAACAAUGAAGAACCUCCUUGAGAGAUGAAUGUCAUAUAAUCUGUUUAGAUCUGUUAAUAUACAGAUAGUGGCUAUAGAGGGCACUUCACGCCUCGCUAUUCGCUAG